CGGAAUCACGAGGUGUCAUAUCUGUGAUUCGGUGUCGGAGCCUCCUCCGGCCUCCCUGCCCAUCCCCUGCGGCCGCAUCUCCUGUCUGCUUUUGUCUGCUCGCUGCCUCCAUUCCCGUCCUUUUCGCUCUCAUCUUCGGGCGCUUUGUGCAGCUGCCUUCUUUGUCUCCGCCUCUCCGGCGACUGGUCUCCCCCUUCCCUCCCUCUCCUCCCUCCCCAGUGUCAAGAAGCCGUCGGCCUCAAGGGCAGCGAUAUUUCAGGGUCAUGAAGCUGGAAGCCAGCUGUGGUACAGCCACCUCAGAGGUCCCCAAGCCGGAAAAGGAGGCUGCCGGAAAUGCAGAGCCGAGCUCCGAAACCCGGCCACAGGAGGUGGAGGCCAAGCUCAGGUCCAGAUCCGGACCUGAGGCUGAGGCUGAGCCCCUGGGUGCCAAGUCAGGGCCCGAGGCCAAGGCCGAGUUGUCGGGGGCUGAGCCUAGGUCGGGAUCAGGGCCUGAGGCUGAGGCCGAGCCAUUGGACUUCGUGGUGGCCACGGAACGGGAGUUUGAGGAAGUGAUGGCCAUCUCGGGCGGCAUCUACGGCGGCCUGGACUACCUUCCCAGCCGCUACCACAGCUGGCUCCGGGACCCCGACCGCACAGUGGUGCUGGCCAAGCGCAACGGAGGCGUGAUCGCGCUGGAGUCGGUGAACGUGAUCGACGCCGGGGAGACGGCGCUGGUGGAGGGGCUGCGCGUGGCGCCCUGGGAGCGCGGGAAGGGCGUGGCUGGGCUGCUGCAGCGCUACUGCUCGCAGCUGGUCAAGCAACAGCACCCGGGGGUCAAGGUGGCACGGCUCACCCGGGACGACCAGCUGGGCCCCCGGGAGCUGAAGAAAUACCGCCUAAUCACCAAGCAGGCCAUCCUUUUGGUCCGAUUCAACGCGUCAGCGCUGCUGGCCCGGCUGGGCGCGCGGCUGGCGGAGCUGCGGACCUCCGGCACCUUCUCGCCGCUGCCCACCGAGGCCGUGUCCGAGGCAGGCGGCGACGUGGCACGCCUCCUGUUGUCGCCCUCCGUGCAGCGCGACGUGCUUCCGGGCGGGACCAUCAUCCAGGACUGGCAGCCCUACCGGCCCAGCGAGAGCAACCUGCGCCUGCUGGCGGCUAAGGGCCUGGAGUGGCGCGUGGACAGCCGCGCGCGCCCGCGCGUGCUCACGCUGUGCACGCGUCCCUUCCCCAUCCCGCACGGCGGGGACGGCACUUGGCGCUACCUCAACAUCGACGCCUUCGGCAGCGACGGCGCGCAGGUGCAGAGCCAGUUGGUGUGGCACCUGCAGCGCCAGACCCCGCGCCUCGCCGGCCUCAACGUCAUGUGCCAGCUCUUCCUGGAGCCCCAGCUGUGGUCACAGCUGGCUGACUUCUGCCAGGCCGGGCUGGGGCUGGAGCUGGUGAAGGGUUAUACUGAACAGUACCUGCUGGAGGCCGACAUCUGAGGCUCUCCUCUGGCGGGGUGGGGGAAAAUGAAGCACUUUGGUCCCGCCCCCUUCCGUAGUUUCCCCAGCCAGCCUCUUCCCUGCCAUUUCCUACUCUGCCUCCCUUGGGAAGUCCCCUCUGACUCUCACCCUUACCGGCGCAGGUCCCCCCACUCUGUCCCUUUUCCCCUUACCAUCUCGCCUCUAGCGCCCCCAAACACUGUUGCCUAUGCCCUGACCUGAACUGCCGGAUUUGGGGGCGGGGCGGGCUUGCGCUGCUGUUAUCCACUCUCUUCUAUUCCAAAGAACUGGUCCCAGCACAGGCUUCGGAGUCCUUCCCUGUCCAUCACCCCAGCCCCGGCGUGAACUCUGCCUUUCCUGGCUUCUCCCUUCUGCCCCCUCGUGGGUGGAAGCGCGCAAGAGUGUGUGGGAUACCCAGCCUCCUCCCCGAGCGCAGCCGCUCAAUCCGGGUUUCUUUUCUUCCUCCUGCCCUUUUUAAAGCCCUCAAAACUGGCACUACACUUCCCUCCCGACCCCUAACUCCCUCCCCCCACUCAAGACUCUGGUAUCAGAGAUCAGUGCCCUCUCCACACUUCUCUCUAGCCCCCCUUCCUCAUCCUGUCUGGAUCUCUACGACCCUUAGCACCGCAGUGCUCAUUUUCCUGCCCCUCUGUUCCCCUUUCCAUCACCAGCCCAGUGUCAAUUCAGAGAGAGAAACCCUGUAAAAUGAAAUGUAUUUAGAAUGCUCCCCGUUUGGAUUCUUGUUCACCUUGGUGAUGCACUUUCUGAGUCUGUCUCUCUCACUGGGGUUUCCUCCGGCUUUGCACAACGUUGCUAUUUUGCAGGCUCCCCCGUGCCCCAGCUCACCCAGGCGGGGGUGGAGGGGUGGGCGGGGGUUCUGGCUGGAGAGUUUGGUAUAGUGGAGGGCAGGUCCCCCAGCCUGGCAUAGGGGCUGUCUCCUGGUUCCAACCAGGCUGCCUUCUAGUUCAACUGGAAUCCCCACCUCCUGGUAUUUCUGGACACCACUCCCUUCCUCUAGAUCAUUUAUGCUUUUAGAACUUUGAGAGUCUUCUAUUUAAUUGCAAGUAGUAACAGCUGCAUCUGCACAGCGCUGUCUCCAAUGUUGGAUCCCCACAUCAAAGGCAGAGGAAGAAAACAGAAGUCUGGGAAAGAUCAAAGUGACUUCUAAGUCACUCAAAGUAGCUGGGAGCCUCCCAGCGAAUAGAACCCAGGUGUCCCAAGCCUAGAGCAUGACCUAGAACUUCACGCUGUCUGAUGAUGCUCGCUUGAACUUCUUGUUGGGCAAUGCCUAGGUGCUAGGAGAAUGUUGGCAGUGAGUUUGGGGUUUGCUGGGGAUGGGAUCUGAGAUGUGGGCAGAGGGGGACACCAGCAGGUCGAAUGGGGGCCAGCUGCCACUUCACCACUUUCCCCAGCUGUGGUUUUGCUACUGUGAUGCUCUGCUUGGCUGCCUCCUGUGCCAGGCAGACAUGGCCAUGCUGCCACCCUCCUUGUCACAGCAACCACGACUGUAUGACAAUAAAAUGGACCUUCUGGCCA